CAGAAAAAAAAAGGUUCAAUCGAAAACCUGAUGCCGAAUGGUGCAGACAUACACGUUCUCUGUGCCGUCCGCGCGUAGUGUGAUGAGUGAACAUAGUUAGUCUGUCCUCUUAGCACGUUCCGCUUCAAUCCUUUCGCUUUCCGCCAACAUUACCGCGUUUGCUGAAACCGUGUUUUCUUUUGCGGUUAGGUACGAAAAAGAAAACUGUGGCGACCUGUGAAUGUGCUGAAUCCCCGUGAACGUGCGUGUCCGUGUGUGCUGUGUGUGCUGUGUGUGUACCGAGCGCACUCUCGCGUGCAAAAGAAGUGUGGUGCAAUACCGGCUCCGAGGGACAGAUUGGAGAAUUUCGCUCCUGCAAAAACUCAACCCCCGUGGUCGGAUUUGUUGUUCUCGCUUCGUCGUCCUGACAGUUCGCGCUAUCGCACAGGAUGAAGAGUCCGUUCCGUGUUUCUAAUGCCACGGCCGGAUGGUUGGUGCUGGUUCUAUCAUCAUGCUGCCUCGGUUAUGUCACAGCCGCCGAAUGGGCGGCGGCAGUGACCACGGACAAUGGCAUUCUGUUUUUCGAUUCAAACUGGCGCAAGAUAUCUUCCGCCGCUCAUCAGUACAGCCGCAUCUCGGCGUUUGCGUACGAUGAGGUACUAGGCAAGCUGUACUUCACCGAUCUCGACCACCCGGAAUAUCGGCUGUUCGCACUGGACUACGACGAUACGGACGAGCUGCACAAGGUAACGAAACUGUUGCCCAAAUCGGCCCAAACGGCCUACAUCAGUGGUAUGGCGUUCGAUCAUCUCGAGCGCCGCCUGUACUGGACCGAAAAGGGAACGCGUUCGAUUUAUUACGCCGAGAUUGAUACGCUGCUCAAUUCUACGCGUACUGCCGCGGGAGGAAGCCCGGCGAACGAGGCGGGAACAAACGCCACGAACAGUGCCACAGAUACGACCGGAUCGUCAUCCCCGGUGCAGCUGGUCGCGACCGUCGAACCAGACCACGAGCUGGCGGGCCUAGCGAUCGACGAAUGUCGCAGACAUCUUUACUGGACCAACUGCUACCCGAAAACGUCGAACAUAGUGCGCGCAUCGCUGAACGGCACCAUCCUGAACGUGCACGAAGAGCACGUAUACCUGCCGAAAGGUAUCACCGUCGACCACUACCGCAACCGGCUGUACUGGGUGGAGAAAAAGUAUGGCCGACGGUACACGAUCGAGAGCGCUGACCUGGAGGUGAACGAUCAGCGCACGCUGCAAACCGGGCUCGACCGGCUGCCGGCGGACAUCGCGGUCAAGAACGAUUUCAUCUACUGGACCGAUCAGGAAAACAACGAAAUCUACGAAAUGCCCAAAGAACCGAACGCAAAGUCCCGCACCGUUUACCGUGGCGAACACCCUUCGGCCGUGAUACUGCGUGCGAACCUGCUGCUAGAACACCAGCGAAACAAUCCCGACUGUCGCGCGGUCGUCAACAGCAUUCUGGCGAACAUGCAAAACUCGAAACCGGCCAGCGUGCUGCUGCAGGAAUCGCAGCAGGGUCAGCUAACCGUGUGCCUUAACAACGGUACGGUUAACCACCAUACGAACACGUGUCUCUGUCAGCCGGCAUUCGGGGGUAAGCUGUGCGAGGUAGACCUCUGCAAUAAUUUCUGCGCGCAAGGUACCUGCCGCAUCGGGCGCGACAAUCGACCGCAGUGUGACUGUGACCGACGGUACGAAGGCGAACGGUGCGAUCGGAACCGUUGCGAUGGGUUCUGUCUGAAUGGUGGUCGCUGUCAGUUUGGUAACGGGACGGAGGAGCGGACCUGUCUGUGCGAUCGCACCGGGUUCAGCGGGGCAAGGUGCGAAAAUCCGAUCUGUGGGACGGAUUACUGCUACAAUGGCGAGUGCUACGUGGAGGAUGGAAAGCAUCCCAGGUGCCGCUGCAAGGCGGGCUAUCGCGGUGAGCGAUGCGAGGAAUAUAGCUGCAACAACUACUGCCUGAACGGGGGCCAGUGUACGCUCGGCAACGAAACGACCGUUCCCGAGUGCCAGUGCGGGGAAGAGUUUGCCGGCAAGCGGUGCGAAAUUGCGGUCCGACUCUGCACCACAUAUAAUGACGAUCCACAAUGGCAGCAGUACUGUUUGGGGAUUUCCAAGACGCUACCACUGAUGGAACCGAAGGUAACGUACUGCAAGGAAUCGUUCAACCGUACCGUCGUUUACACGUCGCUCUGCUUCACCGUGUCGUUCGCGCUGCUGCUAGCGAUCGUGAUCAUCGUGCACCGGAUGGUGAAACCGCCGAGGCCACGCAUCACCAAGAAGAUGGUCGUCACACCGAUGACCUCCCGGCCGCCAACGACACAGUGCGAAAUUACGAUAGAAAACUGUUGCAACAUGAACGUGUGUGAGACGCCCUGUUUCGAUACGAAGCUGCUGAAAAAAUCACAGAAAGAGGACAAACAAUUUCUGCUCGAAGACAUCGAGGACGUCGGCGGAUCCUACCGGAAGCUGCCGAACUGCGGGGACGGACCGACGGUGCUCGAGCGCAAAUGAGGACUGGCGACGCUCGGUGGUAGACUAAUGGUUGCCUUCACACGCCUGCCAGCAGCCGACUGGUGGUUAACGCUUGUAGGUAGCAGCAAAACGGCCACUAGCCGGAGAAAGUCCGAUUGAAAAUGGACGAACCGAGAGCCUUGCAACCGUACAUAGAGUAUGUGGCGGCGCGUUCAGUCUGCUACACUCGCACUGCCGCGUUUCAGGGGUAACCUACCAUCGGGGAAGCAUCAUCGGGUUAGUGUCGUGCAGCACGGCAUGAACCUCUACCACAGCCAUUGUCACAGCCAGGUGAGGGAAGGUGAACUGUAAAGCGUUUUUGUAGUGGUGUCAUUCACCUGCAGCUCCGAGUGCAUUCAUCUCCUGUUCAAGCUUGGCUCUGCUGUCUGCCCCCCUCCUUAUUACAGUCACUGAACCCGGGUGUAAUAUCCUAAGCAAGUGCUUUGUUGGUCCGAAGGUCAGUCUUCACCAUAGGGCACAAUAGUACAAAAUUUUCAGAAGAAUAGAACAACAAAACCAGAACUGAACGUAGAGCAGGUUUGUGUCCCACACAGUCAGUCUCUCGCGCGUAGCACAGUAAGAGGAGCGGCCACGGACAGACAGGAGUAGAUGAAUGCCAGCGAGAUCCGGUAGAGAUAAGUCGGCAAACCCAAGUUCCUGUAUUUGUGUUAAACUAACCAUCUUAGGAGAUAUCGUCCCGCCUAUGCCAUUGUUUUUUUUGCGCGACCACGAAAACACUCACGCGACAGAGAAGCGAUCUGGUGCGUAGCUGCUACUUUGGCGUCUGUACUUGCGAAUCGACGGCAGCUAAUCCCUGCACGCCUUUUGCACGUCGAGUGUCAGCAACUUACUAUCAUUAUUUCGCACAUUAACACCCCCUCGGAUGUAUUGCUGUGUUAAACAAAAAAUCACUUAGCGCUUCUUCAUCGCUCUCAUGCAUGCGUUUGUGUGUUUGUGUUUUGCCCCGCUUUCACAUUGCUCCAUACACUGUUUUGCUUUAGUUGUAUUUAUUUAACUUUAAAAGAAAAGAAAAACGCAUUGUACGAUUAGUAGGGGCUUCCAGAUGGCAAUACUUACUCCAGGCAGCUGCUGGUCUCUUGUUACACGAGCGCGCACACACACACACACACCAAAGUGACACUAACUCAGCCAUAGGAGUGGAGAACUGUUUUUCCCGCCUAAACCUAAACGUCCUAGACGGUUCGGAGGAAGAAGAAAGGUGCCACACCGGUAAACGGCACCAGCAAUAUUCCCUUUUCAGAAGGAGAAGAAACAUAGUAAAAGGAAAACCCCCCGUGCUCAGCAGACAGAUAGAUAGACAGACCGAGCAAUUCGAGUAACACGAGUCACCAGAUGAACCAGAUCUAACGCCAGGCGUUGCCUCAAUGUAUCGGAAUUGUUAACUAAGCCAGGUAGCAAGUAGUGGUAGUAGUAGUAGUAGUAGUACUAGCAGUGCGCUUACGGUGUGCAACACUUAAUGAUUGUAUCUUAAAAAUGAUCAUAUAGGAGAAAUGUGAUGUGAACAUAUAUAUGGGAGGGCAAAACCGGAUGAGGUCUAAUAUCCACAUGAGAAUAUGUGAUAUUAGAUAAGUUUAUAGUUCAAAGUGAACAACUUUAUAAGGGUGUAUAUUGGAAGGAUACAACAGUAGUAGCAAUAUUUUCAAAAAAGACUUAUUUUAGAUAAAAAAA